AUGGAGAGUAAGAAACAAAAAUUAGAUGUUCGCGGUUUUCAAGACUGUUGGACGAAUGAAUAUGGAUUUAUACAACAAAAGGAUCGUGCUGUAUGUGCGAUAUGCCGCGAAAGUGUAGUAUGCCGCACGUCAAGUGUACAAAGACAUUUCCGAACCAAACAUCAGUCCACAUUUAAUAGCAACGAUGAGAAAUGUGAAACUAUAAAGAAAGCUGUUUCUUGUUAUAAGAAACAAAUAACUUUUUUUUGUGGAAUGACUGGAACGAAGGCUAAAGCGACAGAAUGCAGCUUCGCAAUUGCUCAUUGCAUAGCUGCCAAAGGCAAACCCUUUACAGAUGGAGAAUAUAUAAAGGAAAUUUUUAUAAAAAGUGCUGAAAAGUUGUUUAGCGAUUUACCUAACCAACAAACCAUAUUAUCCCGAAUUCAAGAAAUACCGGCUUCUGCGCGAACAAUUGAAAGAAGAAUAACUGAAAUGGCAGACAAUGUAACAACAAAACAGAAUGCUGGAUUACAAGAAGCUGUUUCAUUUAGUGUUGCUGUUGAUGAAAGUACCGACGUAAAUGAUAUUGCGCGGCUUGCGGUAUUUGCACGGUAUUGUAAUAAAGAUCAAGUUUAUGAAGAAUUGUGUACUUUGAUUCCUCUGUAUGGGACAACUAAGGGGGAGGAUAUUCUUUCUUCAUUCAUAGGUUAUUUUGACAGCAAGAACAUUAAUGUCAAAAAAAUAUUUUCUGUAACUACUGACGGCGCAGCUGCAAUGAUUGGCAAAGAUAGAGGAUUUGUCAAACUUCUUGAAAAUCAUAUUGGACAUAAAAUAUUGAACUUCCAUUGUAUAAUACACCAGGAAAGUUUAGUUGCCAAAAUUUCGUCACAGCGCUUAAUUCCUGUAAUGAACACUGUUGUUAAAAUAGUUAAUUUUAUAGUGUCUCGCUCUUCACUAACACACAGACAAUUUAAAUCUCUUUUAGAAGAAAUGGAAAGUGAAUAUGUUGACCUUCCCUCAUACAGCCAUGUUCGUUGGCUUAGUCGGGGAAAUGUCUUAAAUAAGUUUGUGUCAUGUCUGGAACCCAUCAAAGUUUUUCUUAACGAAAAGGAACAACAUUUCCCCGAAUUGAACGAUGAAGAAUGGUUAGGCAAAUUAAUGUUUCUGACCGAUGUAACAAAUCAUCAAAAUGAAUUAAACUUGAAAUUGCAAGGAAAGCGCCAAACGGUGCUCGAAUUAUUUGAAUAUUGGACAGCAUUUGCGUCAAAAUUAAAUAUAUUUUUACGUGAUAUUAACACGAGCACCUACAAAUACUUCCCAAAUGUGAGAGCGCUUGCAAAUGAAUCGACCGUAAACAACAAUGAACUCAAAACCUACGUUGAAGCACUUAAAGAUGAAUUUUGCAAAAGAUGCAAAGAUUUUGAAGCUUAUGUGCCUAUAUUUUCCUUCCUCAUACAGCCAGAUUUAGAUUCAUCAAUAAUACCGUUCGAUUGUCCAAUUUUCGAGUGGAUGAAUGUUGAUAAUUUAGAAAUGGAAAUUAUCGAACUAACAUCGUCAGAAUUAUGGAAAACAAAAUUUAAAGAACUACGAAAAAAUCUAGAAGAUGACUCUAUAGAAAAAUCGACGGUCAUAUUAAAUUUCAAAUUAGUUGAGCCAUCUCUGAGAAAUCUUGCUCACCAACUCUGA